AUGCAUGAUAAUGACAAACUUAAUGAUAUAAGGGAUUCUCAUACUGUUCUGGAACAAAGCAACGUUUGUUUACCUGAAGCUUCGGAAGUCAAGUAUCCUGAAGGACCAAAGAAAAUUACCAGAUACUCAUCCCUACGAAGAGAUUUUGCGAAGGCAGCCUUCAAAAGAAAAUAUCUAAACCCUAAAAAAAAAAUAAAAGAAAGUGAAUACAAAGACGUGGUUGAAGGAGAAGGAAGAGAAGCUGAAGGCGACGAUUGCAUUGUAUUUGAUUUAGUUAACGAUUCAGAUAAUUAA